GCGGCCGCUGCAGCGCCCCCGAGCGCUCCAGCGCUGGGCUACGGCUACCACUUCGGCAACGGCUACUACAGCUGCCGCAUGUCGCACGGCGUGGGCUUACAGCAGAAUGCGCUCAAGUCAUCGCCGCACGCCUCGCUGGGAGGCUUCCCCGUGGAGAAGUACAUGGACGUGUCAGGCCUGGCGAGCAGCAGCGUACCGGCCAACGAGGUGCCAGCGCGAGCCAAGGAAGUAUCCUUCUACCAGGGUUAUACGAGCCCUUACCAGCAUGUGCCCGGCUAUAUCGACAUGGUGUCCACUUUCGGCUCGGGGGAGCCUCGGCACGAGGCCUACAUCUCCAUGGAGGGGUACCAGUCCUGGACGCUGGCUAACGGGUGGAACAGCCAGGUGUACUGCGCCAAGGACCAGCCACAGGGGUCCCACUUUUGGAAAUCUUCCUUUCCAGGGGAUGUGGCUCUAAAUCAGCCAGACAUGUGCGUCUACCGAAGAGGGAGGAAGAAGAGAGUGCCUUACACCAAACUGCAGCUCAAAGAACUGGAGAAUGAGUAUGCCAUUAACAAGUUCAUUAACAAGGACAAGCGGCGGCGUAUCUCGGCUGCUACGAACCUAUCUGAGAGACAAGUGACCAUUUGGUUUCAGAACCGAAGAGUGAAGGACAAGAAAAUUGUCUCCAAGCUCAAAGAUACUGUCUCCUGAUGUGGUCCAGGUUGGCCACAGACAGUUUAGAAGUCAUUCGGUUGUCUCCAAAAGGCCUUUGGAAAGACUUGAAUAUGUAUUUAAUUCCUCCCACCCCCUGCCAAUGGUGGCAAAUUUUGUGAAUUGUUUUUCUCUCUUCCCCUUAUCUGGCUCUAAAACCUUCUGCUGCCCAGCCUGACUGUGUAGUUCUGAUUUUUACUUGUUUAUUAUUGGUUUUGUUUUUGACUAGGAUUUUUUUAUAUCUGUUUUAAAUGUUCUGUUUCUCCCUCUAGGCCAGUAUAAAGGGACUUGAAGUAUUUUUUAAUUAUCCCCCCCAAAAUGAAUUUCAGAAGCGCCAUUCUGAUUUAAGGUUUCGGGUUUUUUUUAAUUACUUGAUUUGUUCGUUCCCAGCACUGAUUAUCUUCAUAAUCCAUUAGGACAGAAUGGUUUUCAAUCAUUCAUAUCCUGUAAUUAGUUAAUUGAAUCAUUAGCUCUCAGCAGUUGCCCUGAGGCAAGUGGAAAGGCAGGCAGUGCUCUGGGGUCACCAGGAAAGUCUAAAAACAGGAGGCUGAAGGUACUGUGAUGGCUUUAAAUGUGGCCACCUUAUCAAAUAGGGUUUGUAUCAAUAUUGAAAUGAAGACGAUCUUUCCAACUUUGGGUGUUUUGCUUGCUGUUUUAAUUGUAUAUUUUUAACAUUUUGUAGGUUUGUGUUUUCAUUUUAAUUUGAAACUCAUGUGUCCUCAUGGAUCGUGGAUGCCUUCAUUUCUUGAGCUCUCAAUGCAUAUAUUUCAAUGGCUGCAAUCAGUAGAGUGACCCACGGAUGGCAUAAAUGCACCUCCUUCUCUUGGCCUUGAAUCUAUGGGUCUGGGAUUGUGGCUAUCUCCUCAAUCCUCAAAAAGAGGCUGAAUGAAUGUGGCCAUGGGUGGGAACUUACAUACAGAACCCACUGAAGAACCUGACUGUCUGAAUAAAUGCAUUGGGCCUCUCAUGGAGCUGUAAAGCGUCCAACAAAUAUGAAAAAUGUGAAGUUCCAAGGUCCAAGAAGAAAAAUAAUGAUGUUUCUGAAAGUGAUGAUAAAUAAUUACUUUUAAAGUGCUGCAUAUUUAUACAAUUGAGAGAUUAUUUUUGUAGAUGUAAUGUCUGUGAGCUGGGAUACAUAGGCAGUGCUUCAGGCAUUUAAAAAUCACUUUUUACUCCUAGGGAGAUGCCAAUAAGCAGAACUCUCUUGUUUC